AAGGGUUGUUUCUGUCUAAAUGUCGUCCGACUUGGACCUGUGGAAAGGGCUUGCCAUCGCAAUCAACGUCGUCGUAUGUUUCAUCGGCAUUCUCCUGUCACGGUGGAUAUCCCAAACAAAGCUGUAUGAGAUAAGCUGCGCGUUGGUAGCAGGAGUACUACUCGCCACUGGCCUUGUCCAUCUAUUGUCGGAUUCUGUUGAGAGCUUGGCCAAUUUAACAGAGUUAAUGAACGGUUACCCUUUCCCUUACAUGCUUUGUGGUAUAAUGUUCAUAAUACUAUUGAUGAUCGAACAGUCUGUCGAUGUCUACCAGGUCAAGCGGAAAGAAGAGUCCCCUAAGCUCUUCAAGGGUGAUGCGAGUCAUACACACCCUCAUGAUAUCGAGUCUCAGUCAUCGCAGAUCUCCACAUCAUCUCAACUUACUUCUGCUGAUGACGAUGCCUCCAAAGAUAUGCAUCACCACGAUGUGAACAUGUCCGAAGCCUCGGCAAUAUUCAUAUUCCUAGCUCUAUCGGUACACUCUAUAUUCGAAGGUCUCUCAUUGGGUGCAAGUAACAAUGCAUCACAGAUAGCCUCGACCCUUAUUGCUAUAGCAAUUCACAAGGGUCUGGCUGCCUAUGCAUUGGGCGCAUCUUUCAUUGAAGCCAAGGUCUCCAAGUGGCGAAUGGUCAUCUUUAGUGUUAUCUUUGCAUUUAUGACCCCAGCCGGCAUUGCCAUAGGUUGGGGUCUUGAGGCUGCUGAAAGCGAUACAGGUAAGGUAUUGAGCGGUGUCUGUAGCGCCUUGGCAGCUGGCACGUUCCUUUACGUUGGUGCUCUUGAGUUCGUUCCUAUGUCAUUCAAACCGGGUUCCUCAUAUAUCAUCUGGAAGUUCGUGGCGUUACUAGUCGGUUAUGGUGCAAUGAGUGCCUUGGCCAUAUGGACAUGACCGUUGUCACCAUUUGCAGUCGCCGUGACAACGCCACGAUGACACUAUCUGCUUCAGUUCCUGAGUUAUCGAGAUACUAUGUUGAUGACUAUUCCUUGUGUCUUUGAAGGAUGUGUUUGUUUGCUUCAAUAUCUAACCCAUCGGUCUAUUUUUCGUCUAUAUGU